GACAGGGAACGCUGUCCUGAUGAUCAUGGUAACGACCGCUGGAUCCGUAUCCUGAGCGCUUAGUGAGCACGAAGUGCGCGCCUGGGCCGAGCGCGGUGCAUGCCUUUCCUCCAAGGGGGCCCCUCCUUGGAGAGGAUCAUGGCUACUCCAUCUUACAGGAGGCAGUUAGAGAAGAGAGAUUGAGAUCAUCUGGGGCCAGUGCUGGACACACAUCCAUCUUGGUCUCUUCCAGGCUGCCCUCGAAGGCCAGCAGAGCCCUGGAGAGGUGGGCGUAGAAGGUGGCCUUCCUGCUGUCCUACUGCUGGAGAGGCCACCCUCUGGAAAAAGGAAGAAAGCAACAAACCUGAUGAGCAUUGUGACGUAUCACUUCUCUGAACCACAGCCACAGCUGCCAUCCCCAGACUCGCCCCAGCCUACACCCACUUCCUCCCGAGAGCUCACAGCUGCAGUGCCGGAGUCAGAUGUGACCCUGGAAAUAAGGCUAUCAUCCAUGGAGAGGCCCCUCACGGUCCUGCGGGUGAGCCUGCACCACCCCACGCCAGGCCCUGCCACCUUCGCCAACGUCCCUCCGCAGCUAGAGCACAACACCAGCCCACUGCUGGUGGGCCGGGGCCCGGAUGCCCACCUCCGGCUGCAGCUCCCUCGCCUCUCCCGCCAGCAUUUGUCACUGGAACCCUACCUGGAGAAGGGCGGUGCCCGGCUGGCCUUCAACUUGAAGGCUCUGAGCCGCAAGGGCUGCGUGUGGGUCAACGGGCUGACGCUGAGGUUCCUGGAGCAGGUGCCCCUGAGCACCGUCAACAGGGUCGCCUUCUCUGGCAUGCAGAUGGUGGUCCACAUCGAGGGAGGUACCUCCCUGGAGGCCUUUGUCUGCUGCUUCCACCUCAGCCCCUCGCCCCUGAUUUACAGGCUCCAGGCUGAGGAGAGCGACGAAUGGGAAAUCAUCCCCCAGGAGCAGCCUCCCUCAGGUUCAGGGCAGCAGGCUCCAGGUCACCUGGGGUUUCUCGACAGCCCUUCCCAGCCCAGCCCUGGAGGAGCACCAGAAAUACAGCUCCAGAGGGAGCCCCCAGACAGUACGCUCUGCUAGCCCCGCCGGCCACCCCGGAGCAAGCCUUAGCUGAAAUGGGGCUUGAAAUAGUCAAGCUACAUCAUGCAAGGUUGACAAGCCAGGCCUGCCGCGUAAUAAUGAACCUAUUCUGCAAGCAUGAACCACCAGGGGUGAGGGGAGUGCCCUCCACAUCCACAGCUAUGCAAGGUAACAGGAACUUCAUAUACUUUUAGAGGCCCUGAGGGGUUCUGGGAGCCUCUCUCAGUGUUUCCCCACAUUUCCCCCUCUCGUCUGACUAGGAGUUACUUUAUGUUGCUAAUUUUGUGUGCCGCUUAAGAGCCGGAGUUUGAGGUUGCACCAGGAAUGCAUGGACACAUGUAACAAUUACGUUUGUGGUAGCUUGGGGUUACCUUGGGCUUUCAAAUACCCACAGGCACUCGGGGCUUAGGGAAGCCUGUGUUUAAUAAACUGCAAGUAUUUCAUUAA